GGGUGCUCCCAGAGGCUGAGGAGGCGCCUGCCGCCCGGCGAGAGGUGUCCUGGCAGAACACGCGCCGGGGGUGCCUCUGUGGCAUGGACGCCGUCCAGAACCGCCCAGAAUCUCCUCGGGAGAGAAAGAGGAGGAGGCGCCCCUUGGAGCCCCACGGCCGCGCCUCGCUAGUGCCCUGAACGGCGAGUCAAGAGCCCCAAGCCGCGCAGCGUCCUCCCUCUCCGGGCAAGGCAGGCGGCAGACGACCGGGAGGGCUCCUCCUCGAGUGUGCGCGCGUUGUGUGUGCUGUGGGGGGGGGGAGAGGGAUCAGGGGGAAAAAAAACCCUCCCCUCCGUAUCUCUAGCUCUGGCUCUCCUCCCCUCCUUCGGAGCUUCGCAACCGCCUCAUGCGUCGGCCAGGCGGGAGGGGGGCAGCGUCGGAGGAGGGGAAGGAUCGGGGACUGUCGCCUUGCCUCUUCCUCAGCGGCUUUCGGGCAGCCGGAACCGCACGCGGCGGCGGCGGCGGCAAGAGAGAGAGAGCCCGGAGCGGAGGGAUGUGGGGCUUCGGGGGAGGCAGGAUCUUCGGCAUCUUCUCCGCUCCUCUCCUGGUGGCCGUGGUCUGUUGCGCCCAGAGUGUAAACGAUCCUGGAAACAUGUCCUUCGUGAAAGAAACUGUGGAUAAAUUGCUGAAAGGUUACGACAUUCGCCUCAGACCAGAUUUUGGAGGCCCUCCAGUCAACGUUGGGAUGAACAUAGACAUUGCCAGUAUAGACAUGGUGUCUGAAGUCAACAUGGACUACACAUUAACUAUGUAUUUUCAACAAUACUGGAGGGAUAAAAGAUUAGCCUAUGCUGGGAUUCCUCUCAACCUUACGCUUGAUAACAGAGUAGCAGAUCAACUGUGGGUGCCUGAUACUUACUUUCUAAAUGACAAGAAGUCGUUUGUGCAUGGUGUCACGGUUAAGAACCGGAUGAUUCGCCUUCACCCAGAUGGCACAGUAUUGUAUGGCCUCAGGAUCACAACUACAGCAGCUUGCAUGAUGGAUUUAAGGAGAUAUCCAUUAGAUGAGCAGAAUUGUACACUGGAAAUAGAAAGCUAUGGAUACACAACAGAUGACAUAGAAUUCUACUGGAGAGGUGGGGAGAAUGCAGUAACUGGAGUGGAGAGAAUUGAACUUCCUCAGUUUUCUAUUGUAGAAUACAAACUUGUGUCCAGGAAUGUUGUUUUUGCCACAGGUGCCUACCCAAGACUGUCGCUGAGUUUCAAACUAAAGAGGAAUAUCGGAUAUUUUAUACUUCAGACCUACAUGCCCUCAAUACUGAUUACCAUUUUAUCAUGGGUAUCCUUCUGGAUCAAUUAUGAUGCAUCAGCUGCAAGAGUUGCUCUUGGUAUUACCACUGUACUUACUAUGACAACUAUCAACACUCAUCUCAGAGAAACUUUACCUAAGAUUCCCUACGUGAAAGCCAUUGACAUGUAUCUUAUGGGCUGCUUUGUAUUUGUCUUCUUGGCCUUACUUGAAUAUGCCUUUGUCAACUACAUCUUCUUUGGGAAAGGCCCUCAAAGGCAGAAGAAACUUGCUGAAAAGACAGCCAAAGCAAACAACGAUCGUUCCAAAUUUGAAAGCAACCGGGUGGAUAUGCAUGGAAACAUUUUGCUAACAUCCCUCGAAAUUCACAAUGAAGUUGCAAGCAAUGAAGUCACUACCAGUGUCACAGAUCCUCAGAAUUCAACCAUAUCCUUUGACAACUCAGGUAUCCAGUACAGAAAACAGAGCUCACAUCGAGAAAACCUUGGCAGGCGCACAUUGGACAGAACUAGCACCCACAGCAAGAAGAGUCAUUUACGGAGAAGGUCUUCUCAGCUAAAGAUAAAAAUUCCUGACCUAACAGAUGUGAAUGCCAUAGACAGAUGGUCCAGGAUGGUGUUCCCAUUCACAUUUUCUCUUUUCAACUUAAUCUACUGGCUAUACUAUGUCAACUAAACUGACUUCUACUUUUUUUAAAGAAAAGACUUCGACAAGCAAAAUAGUAUUCUGCCUGUUAUUUUGUAUUUGUACAUAAGAACUUUUACAGACUAUAUAUAAUAUAUAUAUAUACAUACAUACAUACAUAUAUCUAUCUAUCUUUAAAAACUAUUAAUGUGUGUACAUAUAUUGUGAAAGAAUGUUUAUUAUAUCCAUUGGGCAUACACAUAUACACUAUAAAUAUACAUACACACACCCACCUUCCUAUGGAUGUUAAUGGAUAAAUUCACACAGAAUGCACUUAAAUGAACUUCUUUUAAAAAAAAGAGAGAGAGGCAACAAUUUUGAGUACAAUAGGCUUUGAGAAAACAAGUGUUGCAUAAGACCACAAAAUAGGUUUUCUGAUCUCUAGGAUUCCAUCUCAUCAGAAAUUUGUAAAACUGUUUGCCAAAACUAUUAUUUAUACUGCUCAUUAACUGACACAAUUACACUGUUAAGUUUAUAAAGUAAUUUAUAUUUAAUAUCACAUUUCAAAUAAUUGAUCCAUGUUGGUUUUGUGUUCUCAUGUUUUGUUUUGUUUUGCUUUACAUAUUCUCUUAAAUAAUUUUAUCUGUAGUGAAGUGGACAUUUUUCAGCAAUCUUUACAUUCACAUAGGGAGAAAAGAAAUGGAUUUGUUCAUCCACCUUCAGGAUCUUUUCAGCAAUGAGGAGGAGUGUCUUUUAAUGAGCACUUCCAGUGCACAACAGAAUGGCCAGAAUCCUAUUCAGUAGGUUCUUCCUUCCCAGUGGGAAUGAUGCCAUUGUCUGUGACAGAUUGCCACAGAUUAAAGACUUCUCUUUUUUUCAAUUGUGGGUUGCAUGCAAUUUCAUCUCAGUAGCUGAAAUCUUGUUUGUGAUGUAAGCCAAAGCGUAACAUUCCUUCAAUUCUGCUGCUGCCAUGAUUGUGGGUUCUGCUGCUGCCAAGAUUCUCAGGGGCCAGAAGCACAUGUACCACUAUCCCCGAGAAUUGCAACAGGAGCACCUUGUUUCUUAGGGAGGAACAGACAGAACAUUAUGAUUUGGUUUAAGUUAUAAACAAGAUUUCCACCACUGUUGCUCCCUGACCCAAAAUCCAAAAUAAAAGGCUUUAAUCAGUGGCAAAUUGCUCCUGAAAUGAUAUCAUUUCCAUUGUGCAAGUGGAGCUGCAGAAGAGAAUUUCAGCCAAUAUUUUAGCUUGAACUUCUCUUCAAUCACUAUGAUGUUUUGAUGGGGCAGCAUGUUAUUACAGGAAUGUUGCUUGAAAUGAAAGCAUUGCUGAUAUUUUUCAGGAUUUUACUAUGAUUUGGGCAUAAUGUGUUAAAAAGUAAUUUCCAACCCGUAAUUUUGAAAUUUAAUAUUUUAGGUACUAUAGCUCAACACUGGUACUUUAAAUAACAAGGUCUCACGUUACAAUAGGACCACAGUAUAUAUGGGAAAUCAGUUCCAAGUCACACCACCCUGGAUGCUGAAAAACAGAAUAUUGAGCGCUACACACUGCAUGGUCUCUGGCUCCCUUUA